GAGAGAAAGAGAAGGAGAAAGAGAGAGACCUCACCGCCGCCGGCGACCCGGGAUAGCUGUAACUUUGAAACCCUAGUAAAGGAAGGUAAAAAGAAACGAAAUUGAAGGAGGGAGAAGUAAAGGGUAAUGAAGAGAAUCAAUUAUUAAAUUAUUGAUCAUUUGAAGUUCAAGUUAUUGAUUUUAAGCCCUGGGUUAUUUAAUUCUCCUUCAAAUGAAUGUAGCGUCGUGAUAAAGGUGGAAAAUGUUGAAACCCUGUUCUGAAUUCGAAGAAACAGUUUCUUAUUCUCGAAACCCUAACCUUCUUAUUAUUAGAUGUCACUUGUGCCGGAGAAGAAUUUCAUGCCAAGGUCAAGGAGGCGUCUGAGCUUAUCAGACCUCUGGCUAAAUGAUCAAACGCUGAAGAAUGUUGCAGUCAAAAUGCGUCGUUUAUCUCUUUCCUACACGCCGCCAUCAGAACCAGAUGAAACCCUAGCCGCAAUUGAUCAUGAAUCGGGGCUUGAUUCCUUUUCUCCCCUCUCGGACGAGCUUCUUCUCUUGAUUCUCUCCAAACUGCCUGAAUCCCAACACAUCUCUAACUCGGCUGUUUGCAAGCGGUGGACUAAGUUAAGCGGUCGUCUUCUCAGGUCAGUGAAGUUAUUAGAUUGGGAUUUUCUCGAAUCAGGUCGGCUGACUUAUCGAUUCCCGAAUCUUACAUGUGUUGAUUUAGUUAGGGCGUGUAUAAGAUGUCCUAGGAAUUCUGGGAUUGUAGCAUCCCAUAAAUUUGUACAAGUUCAUCUCGAUACAAGCUUUUCAGUUGGUGGGUUUAUUAAGAAACAAGAUGUUUUACACCCUAAUAUGAUAGAUAAAGGUGUUCGAAUCCUAUCAGAAGGAUGCCCUAAUCUAAGCAAGCUUGUCACAAUAGCUGGAAGUGAAGAAGUUCUAUCUUGUAUUGCAGAGGAGUGUUUAACAAUGCAGGAAUUAGAACUCCAUUGUUGUUCUGAUUCAUCACUGAUUGGAAUCUCCAAAUGCCAUAAUUUACAGAUUCUGAAAUUGAUCGGCCAUGUCAAUAGUUUUUACGAUUCAGUAGUUUCUGACAUUGGAUUAACAAUUGUGGCUCAAGGAUGCAAACGGCUUGUGAAGCUGGAACUUGUUGGUUGUGAAGGUAGUUUUGAUGGGAUCAAAGCCAUAGGUCAAUGCUGUCACAUGCUUGAAGAGCUGACUUUACAUGAUCACAGAAUGGAUGGAGGGUGGCUUGCAGCUAUCUCUUAUUGUACGAAUUUGAAGACAUUGAAACUUCAAUCUUGUAAGAACAUUGAUUUAAACCCAGGCCCAGAUGAGCACCUCGGUUCUUGUAAAACGCUAGAUGAAUUGCAUCUGCAGCAGUGUCGAAUGCAAGAUAAGGAAGGCGUGAGAGCAUUGUUUGUGGUUUGCGAAACUGUUAGGAAGCUUGUUCUUGAUGACUGUUGGGGAUUGGAUGACAACGUCUUCUUCUUUGCAAGUAAUUGCAGGUGGGUUCGAUAUCUUUCAAUUGAAGGAUGUUCGUUAUUAUCGGGUGAUGGAUUUGAAGCAGUAGUACUUACAUGGAGAGAACUAGAAAGAUUGAAAGUUGGCUCUUGUAACAAUAUAAAGGGUGGUGAAAUCAGCCCGGAGUUGAUAUCUUUGUUUUCGGUCCUAAAGGAGUUAAAAUGGAGACCUGAUUCAAAAUCCUUACUGUCAUCGAGCCUCGAAGGAACUGGUGUGGGAAAAAAAGGUGGGCGAUCUUUCAACUUGUAAAGACGAGGUUUGACCAUACUGUUUUUGUUUCUUGGUGUGAACAAGUAGGAAGAAGAAUCUUCUGUAAUGGAGUAGUAUAUGAAGACAGUGAAGAACUAGCAGAGAAUAAUGCAUAUGCUCUCUGUUUAGGUCUUAAUUCUUUAUUACUCAUGUACUUUGUAAAAGUUUUUUUUUUUGUAUAAGAAUAUCAUCUUAGUUAGACUCUUUUAUUUAUAUUAACAUA